AUGAUGCCGACCGUCGACCAAACAUCGAUUGGUGAUAUUUAUAUUUUUAACAACGGUGGUGGUGGCAAAAAAAAACUUCAAGACGAUGGGAAAACACCCGAUAAUUCAAAUGAUCCGAUCCCGGACAAAUAUCCGUUCCUGGUGGGUGUGAUUUCGAGCAAACACACCGAAGACCAAAUCGUCUGCACCGGAACGCUUAUAUCAUUGAAUUUCGUGUUGACGUCGGCGUACUGCGCGUUAAGCCUGCAGCCGAAAAUCCAGUUGUACCACAAGUCGUCGACGGCCGCGCUCCAGUACCGGUUGGCGGAAAGCGUACACUUGCAUCCGGAGUACAACGACGCGCUGCGCACGAACGACUUGUUCCUGAUCAAGUUGACGGAGCCGUUCGCCGGCGUCAGCGUUUUCGCGAGGCUCUCGUCGCACCUGUUCAAGCGUGAAGAAACGCGGCUGAACUGUGUGGUGGCCGGCAUCGGAAAGCCGCAGGGUCGCGGUUACCAGAUGACCGUCCGCGCCAAGUACGGCCCCACCGCUUGCCAGGGACCGAAAUCCAUUUCCACCCUGAAGUACAUCAUUAACUUCACGUGGCGCGAUUUCAUGUGCGCGAAGAUUGUCAAAUGGGAGACGACGUCGGAGCAACCGUGCGACAACGGUGACGCGCUCUUGUGCCACGGAAACCUGCAGUACGGCAUCUUCAGCUACGGGUACCGCAUGAAGGGCACGUCCAUGGAGGCACCGGGCACCCAGUCGUCCAUGUGCCGGAAUCCGAGCGUCCAAGGCAGGUACCUGUUCAUCAACAGCCGCGUUGGCUGGAUCAAGGACAUGGUGUCCAGGAACACGACGAAACAGGAUCGCAGGUACGCGGACGGCGGCCAACAGUCGCCGCAAGAUGGCAGGAACGUGGACGGCGGCCAGCUGCCGACGAACGUGUCGGAAGUGACCGAGUCCUAUUCGCUGCCAUUAAAUCCGAUGAGCGCUCAGACCAAGGAAAACGUCUUCCAGUCCUCGAACCCCCACACUUACCCAUACUUGGUGUACUUGACCGGCCGUUCCGGCGAACCCGAGUGCGGCGGCACGUUGGUGACUAGCGUGCACGUGCUCUCGUCAGCCUACUGCACGGCCAGGUUGUCUGCAAUAAAGGUAAACGGACAGGGAUUGUUCUACGAUGUAGAACGUUUUGAUGGUUGUUUUUAUUCUGUUCGUCCCGUGCGCGUAUUACCUACCCUGAGUUUGUCGGGCCCGAGGUGCACGCGAAUUCUACCGCCGCGACGCUACAGUAUUUUAAUGCUGACGCAGAUGGUGCACUCUUGGACCGUCAUGAAACCUCCACUCCGGUUCCGCCAAGAAUCUCCGUUACAAGAAUAUUGUAUCCAAGCUGCUACAGUAAAAUCAACCAUAAUUUCUAACACGGGAAACAUCCAAUCAAGACCGAUCACGCCGGUUUCCAUGAUUUAUUUCCUCGAUUUCCGUGCAUUUCGAAUUUCAACGCAACGGCAAGUGCCGAAUUAUUCAUCAAUCGUACCCGACGGCGAAAAAACGUUGCGGAACACUCCGUUUCUACAAAACCCGUACAAACAACAUUGUGUACUAAUAACCCUGUACACGAAACAGCUAAGCACACCGUUGAUCGUACCGGAAUACGCACGGUUUUCGAUUGAUUACGAACCGUCGGAGGCCAACGGCACCGUGGAGCACAGUUGCAUUGUACUGUCGAAGCGACUCCACACGGAUUUUCGGUCCACGCUGAUCAAGAUCAAGAACGGACCCAAGGCUUGCCUGGAGACCGAAUCCUCGACCGUUCAGAAGACCGUCAGCAGUACUUGGCGCGAGUUCAGCUGCGGAACGGCCGACACUCGACCCGCGGCCAACAUUGGCGACCCGUUGUUCUGCAACGGGAUCCAGUACGGCAUAACCAGUCAUACGUACCCGUUGCAGCGGAAGGCCGACAAACAGGAGGUGCGGUACUUGGUCGUUGACAAGUACGGCAAGUGGAUCGAUCAAAUAGUAAAGUCCUCCAAACGGUCGAGCGCUGAAAAACUACGAGCGGGUCCAGCGCUCGCGAUUCUUGCCGCCGCCUUGUUGCGGAUCGCGUCACGAAUCCCAUAG